AUGUCUGCGUGCAACUCAGAAAAAGUUAUAACUAUAGAUGAUGAAAGUAAAGGUUUGUUCUUUCUCUAGAAAUAUUUUUCAAAAACAAAUGAAUUUGAAAUAUUUUAUUAUUAUUAUUACGUUUAUUUUUAUUUACACCAAUCCAUUUGUAUGUAUCUAUUCUUUAUCAUGUUUAUAUUUCAUGUUUCUAAAAUUAUUUGUUAUUAUUAUUUCCUUUUUAGACAUUGAAGAAGAUGAAAUUGCCGCUAUUGACUAUGAAUUAAAACAGAUUGAGAAUGAAAUGCAAAAGCUUGAGGACCGUAAAAAGAUUUUAACUCAACGUAAAGAAAAAUUGAAAGAUGACGCGCUUCUGAAGAAGAGUCUCUCUGUUUCAAAACAAAAUUGGAACAAGGAAGAUUUCAGUUGGUCGAAAGAUCUGAAAAAAGCUUUAAAGGAUGUUUUUAAAAUAGAUAAAUUAAGAGAAUUACAAUUGCCAACUAUGAAUGCAGUUAUGUCAAAUGAAGAUGUUAUUCUAAUUAUGCCUACAGGUGGAGGCAAAAGUUUGUGUUAUCAAUUACCUGCUGUUAUUAGCAAAGGUAUUACAAUAGUAGUGUCACCAUUGCUAUCACUAAUGGAAGAUCAAUUAUAUGGUUUACAAAAACAUAAUGUAAAAGCUAGAAUGUUAAGUGCCAAAUGUGAUAAAGAAAACGUAAAAAUUAUAAUGAAUGCAUUGAUUGAUAAGAAAUCUGAUCUUAAAUUAAUUUAUGUUACACCAGAGUACAUGGCAAAAUCUAAUCGUUUUAUGAACAAAUUGCAGAAAGCCUUUGAAAUGAAACGUUUAGACCACUUUGCAAUAGACGAAGUGCAUUGUUGCAGUCAAUGGGGUCAUGAUUUCAGGCCUGAUUACAAAUUUUUAGGAAUCUUAAAGUCUAUGUUCCCAGGUGUACCAAUCCUAGGUUUAACAGCUACUGCACCAGCCAAAAUUAUCGUGGAUGUUCAAAAGAUGUUAGAUAUCCAAGGUUGUUUAGUAUUAAGAGCUACUUUCAACAGACCAAAUCUAUAUUAUGAAGUACGGCGAAAACCAACUGAUAAAGAUACAUGCCUAGCUAUGAUAGAAAAUUUACUGAAAAAUAGAUUCAAAGAUAAGUCUGGAAUAAUUUAUACAACUACUAUCAAAGAUGCAGAACAAUUGACAACUGAUUUAAGAGCACUAGGCUUGAAAGUUGGAUGUUAUCAUGCAAUGUUAGAUGCAGACUAUAGAUCAGAAGUAUAUUCCAAGUGGGUGUCAGGAAAAUACCAAGCUGUAGUCGCCACUAUUGCUUUUGGAUUAGGCAUAGACAAAGCAGACGUAAGAUUUGUUAUUCAUCACUGCAUUUCAAAAUCAAUGGAAAACUUUUAUCAAGAAAGUGGACGCGCAGGCAGAGAUGGGAAGAAAUCUGUGUCUAUAGUAUUAUAUAGGCUAUUAGAUAUAUUUAAAUUAAGUACAAUGGUAUUUCAAGAUAAAGUUGGCUUACAAAAUUUGUAUAAAAUGCUAGCGUAUUGUUUAGAUCAAACAUCGUGUAGACGUAGCUUGAUUGCGACUCACUUUGAGGAAAUUUGGACUAGAAGUGAUUGCGCAGAGAUGUGUGAUCAUUGUCGAAAACCUAAAGAGAGUAAACAAGUAAAUAUAGCUCCUUAUUGUAGACAGUUAUAUCAGAUCAUGACCAAAGCGGUACAAAGUGAAACCAGAUUAACCGCCUUAAAGCUUAUAGAUGCCUGGUAUGGUAAGGGUGCAUCAACAUUGAGAGUAUCUUCUAUACCAGUCCCAAAAUUUACAAGAGAAUCAGGAGAGAGUAUAAUAGGACAUUUACUUGUAAAUGGUUAUUUACAAGAAGAUUUUCACUUCUCUGCAUAUUCUACAAUCUCAUAUUUAAAACGUGGACCCAAAGCAGCAUUAGCGCUAGACAAUAAUCACGAAAUACUUUUUAAUUAUGAAUUACAUUAA